AAGAGAACAGUGAAAUUAUUGGUCUCUUUAAGUAUCCUAAUUUCCCCAAGUAAAAGAAGAAACAAAGAUGGCAGAGGUAAAAGUUCAUGGUAUUAUAGCAGGCCCCUUUAACAAAAGAGUUGAAUUAGCCUUAAAACUGAAGGGUGUGGAAUACGAAUACAUUGAAGAAGACAGGUCCAACAAAAGUGCUCAACUUCUCAAGUACAAUCCUGUUUAUAAACAAGUCCCUGUGCUUGUCCAUAAUGGAAAGCCAAUAUGCGAGUCGCUCGUAAUACUUGAAUAUAUUGAUGAGACUUGGGGAGACACGUGUCCUCUCUUGCCUAAAGAUCCAUAUCAGAGAGCCAUGGCUCGUUUCUGGGCUAAGUUUAUCGAUGAAAAGUUAUUGGGUGCAUUAUACAAACUUGUUUACGGCAAAGGAGAAGAGAAGGAGAAAGGUUGGGAUGAAACUUGUGAGCUUCUGAAAUUCCUUGAAAAUGAACUCCAAGAUAAGAAAUUCUUUGGAGGAGACAACAUUGGAUUCCUCGACAUUGCUGCCAGUUACAUUCACUGGUUUGGAGCAAUUCAAGAAUCACUAGGAUUGGAACUAUUGACCGAAGAAAAAUUUCCCAAGUUAAGCAAAUGGAUUGAUGAGUUCUUGAGCUGUAGGAUUAUCGUGGAAAAUCUCCCUCCUAGAGAAAUAUUAGUGCCAUUAUACAAAGCUCAAUUUGAAGCAGCAAUCAAAUGAGGAUCAAUAGCGUAACAUCCUCUUUCCUUCCGUGAUGUAAUAAAAAAUAAAAAUAAAAACAAGUAUGGCCUCCAGCUGAAAUAAAGGUGUGAAUGUAUGAUAUAGAGUACAAUAAAGAAUACUAUUCCUUGUAAUCUAUGUCAUUAGCAAUAAAGGAUGUUGACCAUUGUGUUAUUUUAA